AGAUGGUUGGUGUUGCCGUGACAGUCUUUAAAGGAAUAUAUAAAGUCUCUUUACAUUAUCGUCUUCUGGACUCUGGAGACAGUGAGGAUGAUGCUGAACGACAGGUGGACCAUCAUGAACAACAGCAGCUCAGAACUCGGCAGCAAACAACCAAACAAACACAAGAGAUGCUGCAGCUUCCUGUUCUGGUGUGUCGUCACGCUGGUCGUCAUAGCAGUUGUCGUCACAGCAACAGUCAUCAUCCUGUAUCUGAUCCAGUAUCCUCUGCCCUUCAUCAACAGGGGCCGAGUCUCCUCCCCCACUUCACCUGUGAUCUCAACCAAUCACAAAGAGUCUGGCGCCCUGGUGUCAGUCUCCCGGGUCACAGACGGAGAGCCAAUCAGCAUCUUCCUGGACCCCAACUGUCCGGAUUACAGUGAGAGCUUCCUGCGCUGGGAGGCUCUGCAGACGUCUUUGCUCAGAGCGCUGUCCAAUCACAAGGCAGAGGACUGGCAGGACACGGGAUUGGACCACAAGUUGGCUGAGGAGCUGAAGGUGUUAUCAGGCCACGCCCACAAUCUGAGGCUGGAAUCUGAUUUGCUGAAAAGAGGUCAAGGUGUUCUGGACCAGCGACUGGAUGGACUGCAGAGCGAGCAGAGCCGGAUCAUACAGGUAAUUAUGUAA